UCCUUCAUGUUGGGGUCAUUGGUGGUGUCCCCGUGUCCCUCAUUCUACGCUCCUCCCUCCUUCAUGUUGGGGUCAGUGGUGGUGUCCCCGUGUCCCUCAUUCUAUGCUCCUCCCUCCUUCAUGUUGGGGUCAGUGGUGGUGUCCCCGUGUCCCUCAUUCUAUGCUCCUCCCUCCUUCAUGUUGGGGUCAGUGGUGGUGUCCCUCAUUCUAUGCUCCUCCUUCCUUCAUGUUGGGGUCAGUGGUGGUGUCCCCGUGUCCCUCAUUCUAUGCUCCUCCCUCCUUCAUGUUGGGGUCAGUGGUGGUGUCCCCGUGUCCCUCAUUCUAUGCUACUCCCUCCUUCAUGUUGGGGUCAGUGGUCGUGUCCCCGUGUCCCCCAUUCUAUGCUCCUCCUUCAUGUUGGGGUCAGUGGUGGUGUCCCCGUGUCCCCCAUUCUAUGCUCCUCCCUCCUUCAUGUUGGGGUCAGUGGUGGUGUCCCCGUGUCCCUCAUUCUAUGCUCCUCCCUCCUUCAUGUUGGGGUCAGUGGUGGUGUCCCCGUGUCCCUCAUUCUAUGCUACUCCCUCCUUCAUGUUGGGGUCAGUGGUCGUGUCCCCCAUUCUAUGCUCCUCCCUCCUUCAUGUUGGGGUCAGUGGUGGUGUCCCCGUGUCCCCCAUUCUAUGCUCCUCCCUCCUUCAUGUUGGGGUCAGUGGUGGUGUCCCCGUGUCCCUCAUUCUAUGCUCCUCCCUCCUUCAUGUUGGGGUCAGUGGUGGUGUCCCCGUGUCCCUCAUUCUAUGCUCCUCCCUCCUUCCUGUAGGGGUCAGUGGUGGUGUCCCUGUGUCCCCGUGUCCCUCAUUCUAUGCUCCUCCCUCCUUCAUGUUGGGGUCAGUGGUGGUGCCCCCGUGUCCCUCAUUCUAUGCUCCUCCCUCCUUCCUGUAGGGGUCAGUGGUGGUGUCCCUGUGUCCCCGUGUCCCUCAUUCUAUGCUCC